AUGACACCCUAUUUCUCUCAGAAGAUUUCAGACUACUACUUUGAUAAUAAGUGGCACCUCACUUCUAGUUUUAUGCAGUCUUUCCCGCGCAUUUCUCUCGACAUCAUAUCUACCCCCAUUCCUGGAUUGGCGGACGACAGAUCCUGGAUUCGCUCGGGUUUCGGGAACAUUACUGCUGCUUCGGCCUUUGCUCACAUACGACCUCAGUUCCCUAAGGUCGACUGGGGCUCCUGGAUUUGGGCCCCUUUUAUCCCCGCUCGGCGAUCUCUCUUUGUCUGGCGCACUAUUGUUGGCAAGCUCCCUACCUUUGAUAUGAAUCGCCUCAUUGGUAUUCAGGGGCCUAACCGCUGCCCUUUAUGCUCGGCAGCGGAAGAGACAAUGGAUCACGUUCUGUUGAACUGUCCCUUCUCGGCUUCGAUUUGGGCGGAUGUCUUUCGUUGGUUUUUGAUUGACCAACCUUUGCCGUUGGACGUGGGUAGCAUGAUUCGUUUCUCUAUCCACCAGAAAAACAGCAAACAAGUUGGCAAUUUGUGGAAAGCUGGGGUGGUCUCUCUUCUCUGGAGUCUCUGGUCUCAUCGCAACAACGUCAUUCACAAAAAUUUUGCACCUUCGCGCCACUUGAUUCUCAAGCAGGUCCGGGUUUUUCUUUGUGAAGCUGCCAACAAUUUUGUCCUUGGUACUAUGGCCAACUCGGUUUCUGAUCUUCUCAUUCUUAACAAUAUUUCCAUCGCUGGACAACCCAGGAAGCCUUUCUCCUAUAUUUACGUUGCUUGGCACCUUCCACCGCCGUCUUGGAUUAAAGUUAAUACUGAUGGUUCGGUUCGUGAAGGGAGGAUUCAUGCGGGGGGCGUCUUUAGGAAUGCCUUCAAUGACGUUCUUGGUUGUUAUCAUUUCUCAGGCGGCCAGGGGGUUGCGUUCGAAGCUGAGCUUUUUGCUAUUAUUAUUGCGAUUGAAUCUGUGCAUCGUGCCAAAUGGGAGAGAGUUUGGUUUGAGUCGGAUUCUUCCUUCGUGGUUCAGCUUCUUCAGUCGCUCUCUGAAACGAUCGGCGGAUUUUUUGGCUUCUCAAGCUAG